AUGGCCAGGCUGGAUGGCUCUGACCAGCCUGGUCUGGUGGAAGAUGUCCCUGCCCAUCGCAUGCCCCCAAGGCUGAGCCUCUUCUGUGACGAGCACGGGAAGCCCGUGUGCGAGGCAGCGGCAGGGAAGCCGCCUGCUCAGGUCUCGUGGCUCCUAGAGAGCAACUCCUCCCUUGAGGAAGAAAGCCACGACAACAGGACAGUGACUGUUCUCAGCAGGUUGACAGCAUGUGACACCAAUGUGACUGACACAACCUGCGUGGUGUUCCACCCAGCUGGGAGCUGGAGUGAGUCCAUAGCCUGUUGCCCCUCAGAGAUUGGAAGCUUUCUUCACUGUGUCAUCAGCCUUAUGAGCCUCCUGGGCCUCUUCUUCCUGCAGGCUGUUUUUCAUCUCUACACCUUCUGUGGUAGCAGGUACAUAUGGAGCAUGGCAAUCUCUGGUCAUGCUCAUGUGAGAUCACAGACAUAAAGCCUUAUGGUAUUUUGUUUCUCCACCAAAUAAAGGGGGGGAAUUCUGUUUUUACACUCCUAGAAACCAAAAGUGCAUUUCCACAACAGCUUCUUCCUCCCGCUUAAGAGUAUUGUCUUGUUUCCUAGGACAAUGAGAAACUAGUACCAAGCACAGCAGCUUCCAUCUGCAGAAGUGUCUCAGCACUUAGCAGAGAUAAAAGGAAGUCCCAAUAUGUCUCAGCAACAUGGCAUGCAGCAAGAACCCACCGGUACCAAAUUGUUCAGGAGAAGGAAGCAAACAUGUACAAUGCAGCCACAUGUGACUGUGCAGAAACAUGGCUGUAAUCGCUCAUGCAAGUUUCGCUCUUUUUUUAGAAGACCAAGUCUAACACACAUGCAAUUGGAAAUUAAUUCAUAAUGUAUAAACUGAGGUCAUUCAAUUUCAAAUACUUUGUAUCCUAGUAUUUAAGUAGCAUUUCUUACAGAAUAAAAUAAAUCAAGAAGAAAUUGUCUUGUGUAAUGAGCAGCAACCUUCCCAGAAUGGUC